ACCCUCUGUCAAUCUACCUGCGAGAGAGGUAAACCGAAUUAAUGAAAUUUAAUAUAAAAAUAUCCGCUUAGUGUUCAUAAAAUACCUAAAAUACAAAGAUCUGGCUUCUAUUCAAUCAGUGCUCUAAUAUUUUUCAAAAUAUUUUCCUUAGAACGUGUGAAAUAUGGACGUCAAAAGCUGCGCAAAUUGCCCGGAGAACAUGCAAGUCGGACGAAAUUUGCUUGAAGCUGACUCAGAACAAUCUGCAAAAUUCAAAAGCCGUAUUGUUUGUGUCGUCCCCGGAUAUAAGCAGAGAUAUCGCCCCGGAAUUUCUUUUCAUGCCUUCCCUCCGAAAACGGACAAAUCGCGGUAUCUAGACUGGAUCCAACGACUACGGCUAAAGAUAGAACCUACAAAAACCUCCCGUAUUAGUAGCCUCCAUUUCACCGUGUCGAACUUCUACUCUCCAAGUAUGAAGUCAACAAGCCGUGCCACUGAUCGCUUAAUUCUUAGGCCAUCAGCAGUUCCCGACUUGAAUUUGCCACAACCUCCCAUCAGCGAAGCCAGGAAAAGACUUAUGAGGGCAGUGCUGAACGUGCUGCAAACCGUGCCAAAGUUGGGGCAGCGAUGGACCAGAGACAUGAUACACCAAACCUUUCAGAUCUUGCCAUCGAUGCUGAAUGUGCAGAUCAUCCCGAAGUCUGUGUUUCUACAGUAGAGAAAGCAGUUCAGGUAGACACUACGGAUUUGGAUAAACUUAAAGUCAAGCGUAUCUCAGCGAUCUCCUUUGGAUGCGAUGACGAUCUUGUAUCAUGGACUGGACUUAAAUCAAGAGAAAUGCUCGAAUCUAUUGUCAAAGCAGUGACUCUCGUGAAGCAGU